AAUGCAAAAAUAUUUGAGAGAGCGGAGUGAUAAUGUAGGGUGGUAGAAUUCAAAAAAUGUUCCCGAACAAAAAGCAACUCUUAGUCGUCAAGAUCAAGUGACGUCGGGUAGAAGGCAAUUGCCCUGUGAAAUCUCCAGUGUUACCGACAUUUUUCCGUUUUGGUUUUUAAAAACGUAAAAAAGAAAAGCCGGGAAAGCAGUUGGCUUGUUGUUUCUUUGCUAGAAUUUUCCUUUUAUUUAUAUAUAAUGUUUUUGUGGGUGGAGUCGUGCCGACCUCAACCACUCUAUACUUUUUCUCUCUGUGUGCCGUUUUAGUGUUAAUGCUAUUAGAAGGUAGGGACUAGGGAGUUGGGAGUUUGAAUGAGCUUUGUUCUGGAAGUCACAUGAGGUGAGAAGUGGGAACUUCGGCUGCCAUGGGUUCGACUUCCAAGAGACAACUCCCACUCUCUUCUUCUUCUUCUUCUUCUAGAGCAGCGUCUGGACAGGGGAAUGCCGCAGUUCGUUUUAAGACCUCAGCUUCUAGACGCUCCGUUACCCCUAAUUCUCGUGUUCAUUCCAAUGAAGAUGAUUCAGAUAGUGGAAGAGUGAGAGUUGCUGUUAGGCUUCGACCAAGAAAUGCUGAUGAUCUCCUUUCAGAUGCUGAUUUUGCUGAUUGUGUUGAACUGCAGCCAGAGAUGAGGAGGUUGAAGCUGAGAAAAAACAAUUGGAGUUCUGAAUCAUAUAGAUUUGAUGAAGUAUUUACAGAAAGUGCAUCUCAGAGGCGUGUUUAUGAAGUGGUAGCAAAACCUGUUGUUGAGAGUGUAUUGAAUGGGUAUAAUGGGACAGUUAUGGCUUACGGUCAAACAGGUACAGGUAAAACUUAUACGCUUGGCAGACUGGGCAAUGAUGAUGCAUCUGAACGUGGGAUUAUGGUAAGAGCUUUGGAAGACAUAAUUGCCAAUACAUCUACUUCUGAUAGUGUGGAAAUCUCCUAUCUUCAGUUGUAUAUGGAAUCUAUACAAGACUUACUUGCACCAGAAAAGAUUAAUAUCCCUAUUACUGAGGACCCCAGGACUGGGGAAGUAUCGUUGCCUGGUGCUGCAGUUGUUAAAAUUCGAGAUAUUGACCAUUUUUUACAACAACUGCAAAUAGGUGAGGCAAAUCGUCAUGCAGCAAACACCAAGCUGAAUACAGAGUCUUCACGUAGUCAUGCAAUUCUUAUGGUUUAUGUUCGAAGAUCUGUCCACAAAAAAGAGGACGAGAUCUCUUCUCAAGAAAAAGUCAAUAGAAGUGAUGUACCUGGUGGCAGUAGAAUACCUAUUGUUCGAAAAAGCAAGUUGCUGAUUGUGGAUCUUGCUGGAUCUGAAAGAGUGGACAAAUCUGGCAGUGAAGGGCAGUUACUUGAAGAAGCUAAAUUUAUUAAUCUCUCUCUCACUUCCCUCGGCAAAUGUAUAAAUGCAUUGGCUGAAAACAGUCCUCAUAUACCUAUCCGAGAUUCUAAGCUAACGAGACUGCUUCGUGAUUCAUUUGGAGGCUCUGCAAGGACCUCACUUAUAAUAACAAUUGGGCCAUCUGCAAGACAUCAUGCAGAAACUACCAGCACAAUUAUGUUUGGACAACGGGCUAUGAAAAUAGUAAACAUGGUAAAGCUUAAAGAGGAAUUCGAUUAUGAAAGUCUGUGUCGGAAGCUUGAGAAGCAAGUAGACCAGCUCACUGAAGAGAUUGAGAGGCAACAAAAGUUGAGAAAAAAUGACACAGAUGAAUUGGAAAAAAGGCUCAGAGAAUGUCAAAACACCUUUGCUGAGGCAGAAAAGAAUCUAGUUACAAGGUCUGAGUUUUUAGAGAAGGAAAAUACUCGUUUGGAAUUGGAGAUGAAGGAUUUCCUAAAUGAGUUGAAUCAUCAGAAAGAUCUUAAUGUUUUGAUGCGUGACGAAGUUGCUAGCCUAGAAAUGAGUUUAAAGCACAGCAAGCAGUACCAGCUUGAAAAUUCUACAUGUCAGCAAGUACUUGCAGAUACCACUCAGAUGUAUGAGAAGAAAAUAGCAGAGUUGAUUAAGCAACUAGGAGAUGAGCGUGCUCACUAUGAAACUGCUGAAGAACAAUUAGAUGUGAUCAAGAAACUCCUGAGUGAGAGCCAACAGAAAAUUCAGCAACAAAAAACAGAAAAUUCUACGUAUCAGAAGGCACUUGCAGACACUACUCAAAUGUAUGAGAAGAAAAUAGCGGAGCUAACUAAGCAACUAGAGGAUGAGCAUGCCCGUUUUGAAGGUGCAGAAGAACAAUUGGAUGAAGCAAAGAACCUCCUAAGUUGUCAUCAAAAGCCAAUGCAGGAUGAGAUUGAUGAACUUAAGAUGAGGUUGCAUGAAAUGGGUCGGCAUCAGGAGCUUAGUGUUAAUGAGCUUCAAUCCUUGCAAUCUGAGUAUAAUGAUCUACUGUCUGAGAAGGCAACGUUAACCGAGGAACUCCAUGCUGUUAAUCAAACACUUUCAGUCGAAGAAAAGCAAAGGAAGACUAUUGAAAAUGAGUUGGUCAAACUUAAGAAGCUUGUGCCGGAAAAUGACCAUGACUUUGAAGACAAGAAAUCAUAUGUGAAGGAAAGCAUAGGUAAAGAAUCAUCAGCUUUUGGGGCCCCAAUGGGUUUACAUAAGUCAAAUCCAUCAAGGGAAACAAUAUCUGGCCAAAGGGCCACUAUUGCAAAGAUAUGUGAAGAAGUUGGCCUUCAAAAGAUAUUGGCAUUGUUAACAUCUGAAGAUUUAGAUGUCCAAAUCCAUGCUGUAAAGGUGGUAGCCAAUCUUGCUGCUGAAGAUAUUAAUCAGGAAACGAUUGUGGAGGAAGGGGGUUUAGAUGCUCUUUUGUUGCUGUUGCGAUCAUCAAAAAGUACAACUAUUCUUAGAGUCGCUUCUGGGGCAAUUGCUAAUUUGGCAAUGAAUGAGUUGAAUCAAGGGUUAAUAAUCAGCAAAGGAGGUGGUCAGCUACUAGCAAACACGGCUUCCAAAACAGAUGAUCCACAAACUCUUAGAAUGGUAGCUGGUGCAAUUGCUAAUUUAUGUGGAAAUGAGAAGUUGCACAUGAUGCUGAAGGAAGAGGGAGGCAUCAAGGCACUUCUGGGAAUGGUUAGAUCUGGGAAUAGUGAUGUUAUUGCACAGGUUGCUAGGGGAGUGGCUAACUUUGCAAAAUGUGAAUCUCGUGGAAUCAUUCAAGGACAUAGAAAAGGUCGAUCACUUCUUGUUGAAGAUGGUGCACUUACAUGGUUGAUUUCCAAUUGUAAUACUGCUUCAGCUUCAACUCGACGUCAUAUGGAGCUUGCUCUUUGCCACUUGGCACAAAAUGAGAACAAUGCCCAGGAUUUCAAAUCCAGUGGAGGUGUGACGGAACUUAAACGAAUAGCAGCUGAGUCCACCAGAGAAGAUAUUCAAAACUUAGCAAAGAAGACACUGAAAUCGACUCCAUUUCAAGCUGAGAUUCAUGCAGAAUUAUAGUAAGACGUAUAGAACCACAGCACAGCAAAUCUUUUUAUACGAGUUAUCUCACUCUUAUUAAGGGAAGCUGGAUUUUUUGGAUUGGCACUAAUACAUUUGUAUGAAU